AACAACUGUUAGUGUUAGUCUGUUGGAUCGACAGGUGGUCAGUCAGACUCCAUUCCCAGAGAGUUUGCAGAACCACAUAAGGCAAUAACAGGUUUUUAUCCAAUCCGUGAAGUGCGAAUAGUCAAGUCGUUAAGACUAUCAGUUUAUUCCGUGUCUUGUGUCGUUUUCAUUCUCAUUUUCUGAACUUGGUCGGAAGCUUUUCCCAGCUUCCUUCUUUGUCUCCGUACAAAAAAGCUAGUCCAAGAAAAGGAAAAGUUGGGGAGGGGAGAGAGAUCUGCGGUCAUGGGCAAAGAAUGGCUGUCCUGGGGUGGAGGUCACAGGAGUAAAUCCUCCAGAAAAGGAAAAUCAUCGGGAGGAGGAGGAAGCGGAGCUGAAAGAGAAGCCCCCACGGGAUGCAUGUGUGCUGUACUUCAACUCUUUGAUUUGCAUCAUCUUCCGCUUGCUUCUUUCAGGCCUGCCCCUUUCUUGCAAGACGAACCAACGAUCUGCGGAGGGCUAGAAGCACCAAGAAACAGCUUAGAGUUGGAGGAGCCUUCCAAGGACAAGGAAGCUGCAAGUUCAUUGGCAUCCUCCAUGAAGCGACAAGAAAAUUUGAACAUCCCGGUGAACAUUCAAAUUAGGACAAGUUGUGAAAGCAAAUCAUCGCCAAGAGUCUCAAUUUCAAAAGCAAGGACGGAUGAUUUAUUAUCCGAUUGCAGCAGCAGCUCCCCUGGGGCCAAAACUCCAACUCUGGUUGCUAGACUAAUGGGCCUGGAUCAACUUCCUGAGAGUUCUUCUAAUGCUGCCUCAACUCUAAAUUCUCUAACAAGCUCCCACAUGCAUCCUCAAGCACAAAGUCAGAGAAGGGAACAAUCCCUCGUCUACAGACGACGUUCAUGCAGUGCCAACAACAGCAGCAGAAGUUUUCCGGAGAAUGACUUCACCGCGGGUACUCUUUCUCUGCCUGAGACACCUAGAAUAUCGUCAGCAAGGAGGUCAGAUGCGGAACACAGGCUAUCCCUUCAAAUCAGCAACAAAGAGAACAUUAUGGGCGAGGAGCUUGAAUUCUCAGCUUACACAGCAAGGAAAUUGGCCCGGAGGAUAUCAGAGUCCAGACGAGAAGAUGAAAAUUGCAGAAGGAGCGGUCAUUAUGCCAGGCAGAUUGUGAAGCAAGUGAAGGACAGGGUAAGCAGAAAAGUAGGGCUCGACAUAACCAACAGAGUCAUGAGCAGGGUGGAGCAGCCAAGGGAUGAUGACGAACACGUUGUUCUCCUCAAACCCAACAAACCAUUUAAUAAUAACAACAAGGUGGCCUUAACAAGAGCACUAGUUGGCGAUGAUUCUAGCCAAGUCAAGCAAUCAACACCAUCUUGCUCUCCUAGGCUCUCGGAAUAUUAUUAUUAUUAUCCCAAGAACAAGCCCCCAGUUGUCAAUAGCACUCAGUCUGCGCAACAUUCUCCAAGGCUCUCCCCGUUGUCCAAGCCAAUUCCUCAAGUUGCUCCGAGUCUACAAGAGCAUUUACCAAAUCACCAACAAAACUCCCCAGCAGUCAAAAAAUGCAAGAAGGAUGCCAUUGCCAGCCAGAAAUACACCUCCCGUCUGAAAAAGCCUCUGCAAGUUUCCGAUGGCAUUAGGAACAAAAAAGAAGAGCCAUUCGUUCGUUCAGCGACCGCAAACAAAGGAAACGUCGCAGACAAGAAAUGCAAGAAGACUCCACUUUCCCAUGACCUUCUCAACUGCAGUACUGCGGCCCCAACCCUCUUACCUGUCAAGAAAGACAUCCCUUUUCCAGCAACCAAAUUAGUACGUGAUAAACAGCCACAGGCACCUGAUGCUGAAACGUGGAAAAGGCGCAAACAAAAAUUAUCUAGUUGUUCGAGCCAGUCGUACGACAAGCAGGAGCAGCAGGAGAAAGAGGCGACGCACAUACUCACCGCCAUUACUCAAGAAAACAUCCAAGAUGACAGAUGUCGUCGCAACGGAAGUUCUACCAUCUUAACCUCCACCUCCCCCGGUAUCGGUGAUAAAGCAGAAGCAUCCGUAGCGGAAUAUCAGUGCUACAUCCAAAGAAUACUAAAGCGUACGGGUAUAGACAAAAGUACCCCAGUGGCCCUGGCCAAAUGGUACUCCCCGUCUCGCCCUCUGGACCCUUCCAUCUUUCACUACAUCGAACUUUUUCACCCCACCACAUUAACCGCCCCUGUUUCCACCUCCACAAGCCCUUCCAACUUGACCUUGAGGUCCAACAGAAGGCUGGUUUUCCAAUUGGUGGACGAGCUGCUAGCAGAAAUUCUCAAGCCCUAUCUAUGCAUGAAGCCAAGCUGCCACCUGCGGCCGCGUGGUCAAAUGUACGGGUCAGAGUUGAUUGACACGUUGUGCUCCAGAAUCAACAAGUUUCCUUCGGCUAACUGUCAGGUUCUAGAAGACAUAGAUGCACUGGUGGACGCGGAUUUCCGGCUGGGAAGAGAAUCAUUUGAAGGAGAAGAAGGAGAGGAGAUAGUAUCGGAGAUUGAACGUGGCAUCCUGGAGUCGCUGGUGCAUGAAACGGCAAUGGAGGCGGCGGCGGCGGCGGCGGCUUACGGCUAGUCGGUUGGUUGGAGGGAGGGACCACCUGAGCUGAGCUGAGCUGAGAGCUGAGAAGUGGGAAGGGGCACGUCCGUAGGGAACAGUGGCGGGUGAGAGACCGAAUAAGAGCAAGGUCUGACGGAGGUCACAUGGUCCCUUCACGUGAGCAGAUGCCAUUAUUGGCUGAUUUUGGGGUCCCAUUCCCAUAACCUCAUCUCCUGUUGGAUUCGGAUUCGGAUUCGGAUUCGGGGGACGGACUUGUAAUUGUAAAUUGUAUAAUGAGUUCAAAAUGAAACUAAGGGCUUGUAGUUGUAGGCCCAAGCUCCGCUCCCGCUCGCUCAGAACCUUACUUAGUCCAGUGAUAUUUUUUUCUAUUAAUCACUACUGAUAGACGAUGAUGUCUCUGAAGUACUCCGAAUAAUAAAUCAUCGUACGAGUACUUCUUCUUCUUCUUCUACGCCACCAUUGGAAAAAGAA